UCUAGUGUUUUCACAAUCCUCUACUUUCCAAUUCACAAUUACAGUUCUUCCCUCGUCUCUCUCGACGUUUCUCUUUAAACCAAGACAAGAUAAACAAAGAAGAAGAAAACUCUUCUUCCAACUUAUUUCACAAACCUUAUUUUCUUCAAAAACUGGUCUAUAAUUAUAUAUUCCUCUAUUUCAUCUUCCUUCUCACCGGACCUAACACUGUGAGAGAGUUAUUGAAGACAUUGUUGAUAAAGAUCCGGUUUCCCUCCACACUCCGCAUGAGCACUGCCUGUGAUUAAACACUGAGAGCAGUAUACCGACUUCACUUGUUCUCAGCUUGAAGAAUCAAGCAGUAUUUGCCCCCAUUUAAAUUUUAGCGUUUCUAUUUAACCAUGGCUGAUUUUCAGACAUCUACCCACCGAGCCAGGUGGAUCUUUACUCCACAACAACUGGUUGAGAAAUAUACAGCUGCUAAUCAGAGAGCCAGACAAACCCUAGAGAAGUGUGGAGCAAGUCUAAUGGAAGUAGAUAGUAAUGGGUCUUUGUCAUAUCCUGAACCCCAGACGACCGCAAGCGAUAGUGCUGAAAAACAUUCUCGGGUAAAACCUCUUAGUAAUGAAGAAGAACGGUGUAUGAAGGUAUUUUAUGAAAUCAAGCUACAAGAAGUGUGCAACAAUUUCCACUUCCCUCAUAAGAUCCAGGCUACAGCCCUCAUAUUUUUUAAAAGGUUCUAUCUGCAAUGGUCGGUGAUGGAACAUCAACCAAAAAAUAUAAUGUUGACCUGCAUAUAUGCUGCUUGUAAGAUAGAAGAAAAUCAUGUAUCUGCUGAGGAGCUUGGUAAGGGGAUUUCGCAAGAUCAUCAAAUGAUUCUCAAUAAUGAGAUGAUAGUUUAUCAGAGUCUGGAUUUUGAUCUUAUAGUUUAUGCUCCAUAUCGCUCGGUUGAAGGUUUUACAGAUUAUAUGGAGGAAUUUUGCAAUGCUGGCGAGGAUGAGCUUCCAAAAUUCAAGGCUUUGCAAGAUACGGCAGGGCGGGAAGUUGAUAAAAUGAUGCUUACAGAUGCACCACUCUUAUUUACUCCUGGGCAGUUGGCCUUGGCCGCUCUACGUACCUCAAAUGCACUCCAUAAAGUUGUCGACUUUGAUAGUUUUCUGAGCAGAGUUUUUUCCCUUAAGAAUUCUACACACACAAUGGACGAACUUCUUGAAUCAUUGGAUGCAAUUGAUUCUUGGGUUAGAAAAUACGUUAGUCCUUCAGAGAAGGAAUUGAAGCAUAUUGACCGGAAAGUAAAGUCUUGUUGGGGUCAUAGCUCUCAUGACGAGGGAAAGAAGAGGGAGAAGAAAUCAAAGCACAAGUCCAGAAAGAGCUCAAAAGAAGCACAAAAUGUGUAGUCUCUUCUCUAGUUUUAUAUUCCGUUCAAUUGAGGUACUCGUCAUCUGAAUUUCGGAAGAGUUUUUUGGGUUUCUAUUAAUUGUUAUAGAUUGGAACACGAAGGAUGUGGGGGUGAUGAAGAGCUUGUAUUUUUUUUCCCUUCUCUCGAGCUAGUUUUAGCUUACCUCCAAAAGUGAGAUAAUUUGAAGAAGAGGAAAUAUUUGUUUAAAAUUUGCACUAAAUUUACAUAUUUCCUUUAUAAAAAUCUCUUUCCUAUUGUCAAACCAAAUGGACCAAACAGACCCAAGUGACAAGUAACAGCUCCUUCCCAGAGCAACAUUGACCGACCAUGAAUAUUUGGAAAACUCCUACAGUAAGCUUACUAGUAAGUCCGAUUUUGGGAUGUUUGCUGCUCCACAUGUCUUUCGAUUGCCUUUUGUAUGACAUUUUAACCCCCAAUGAAUUUAGUGGGUUUGGAUUUAUGGUGAGAUAAACAAAAGGCAAUUUCUCUUUACAUUCUGUCACCUAUUCUGUCACCUUCUCCCGGGCCCUUGACGAAAAAGUAAAAAAAUGCCGUCCUAUGUUUGGAGAUAUAUUUCGAACGUUACAUUUUCUCAUUUUAUUUAAAGGUUAAUUCGGAGAUGCAUUUACAAAGUGGAUUUAGGCCAUUUUCGAAUAUACAUCUUUGAAUGAACUAUUUCUUCAUUUUAUUCCGGCUAAUUUGAAGAUGUAUAUC